AUGGAUUACGUUGGAAAGCUCUCUGAUAAUUCAGAGUCUAGCAGCGUCAUUCAGACUCGGGACUUCACGUCCCCUCAGGGCUUUCCAGAGGACGCUCUGUCUCAUGAUAACCCACCGCUGCAUCAGAGCUGUGUCCCCUUGGAAAACCCCUCACCUGUUUCAGUUAAGUGUCCCAUUGGGGCUGACCUCCAGAAGGAAGGUGGUCAUGACAGAUGUCUCCAACUCUGGUUGAGGAGCUCUGUCCAAGGGCAGACUGGGGCCUGCACAAGUUCUCUUGGAGUGAGAGUGCAGGUCAAGAGCUACUAUGUUAACUGUAGAAUGGUACAAGUUGUGAAAAGGAGACAAAUGGCAUUUGAAUAUGCAGAUACAAGACUGCGCAUUAAUGCCAUUGGGAAGAAUACUGUUUUGCCAAAAGAGCUACAGGAGAUCGCUGAUAAAGAGAUUGCCGCACUGCCUCGAGACAGUUGUCCCUUUCGCAUUUGCAACUGGUGUGUUAUGACAUCAUGUCCACGUGGAGUCAAGCGCAGGUGGCGUCUAGGCAUUGUUUUUCGCCAUUUAGCGGACCACAACCGGAUGUCUGGAAUACAGAGAUCAAUGUGGUGA